UUGAUAUCAUUAUAUCAUAAAAGAACAAUUCUCCUAUGAUCUCUGCACAUCUUCCUAUCGCUGGAGGCCAUUAUUAUUAAUACAAGCAUAUAAGUACCAUUCCUAUAUAUGGAAUACAUAUAUUGUGAUUAUUCUUUCUGUCAUAAAUGUGUCACUCGCAGCCCCUCUAACGCUGCAGCCGGAAAAUUUGUCCUGGUGUUUGUGUUCUUAUCAGAUGGAUGAGCGCGUUUGAUUGAAGCAUUUGUCAUGUAAAUGCGAGCCGUGUGAUGGACGAGCCUGCAGACUUGACAGACUGCUGUAGGUCCUUCGCCAUUGGCGUUCCGCGGGUCACAUGGUGUGUCAGGAAGGUGAUAUGAGGGUGGAAGGCAGUUUUACAGCUUUGACAUACUACCUAGGAGGUUAGGGCACAGGGAGCACCGAUUAAUGACUGCUCAGUCUUUAUCACUUCUGAACAAACAAAGGCUCCAGGAUGAACUCCUACUUAGACUACCCCGUGUGCAACCGGGGAGCGAACCUCUUCAGUGCCAAGGCCGGAUACCACAACUUAAACCACGGAUACAUGUCGUCCAGCUCGUGCGCAACAAGUGAUAGUUACGCACCGGAUGGCCGCUUGGUCGCCGCGACGUCUGCGCCCCACCAGACGCCGAGCCUCCCCCUGCACCACCAGACACACGUCAACUUGGACCUGCAGUUCUCCUCGCCGGGGAGCUCCAUGUACGGGUCGCCUCUGGAGUUCGGACACCACCAGUACGGCCUGCAGGCUACCGAGCAGGACCGGAACUUCAUCCAUGCGCAGGUUUCCCCCGUCGGAACAAACAUGGCCCCUUACACCGGGGACAGCUGCGGGCCUGGGGUGGCAGCGGGCGGCCACUAUCUGCACUUCGGUAACGGAGAGCAGAGGCAGCAAGAAUAUACAGACAGUGUUUACACAAGGUUACCGCCCCAGAGCAAGGAGAAGGAUUUGGAGCAUGUGGAGGAAACGUCUAAAACAUUCGAUUGGAUGAAAGUGAAGAGGAAUCCUCCCAAAACAGCGGGCCUGUCCGAGUUCCCCGGCCAGCACAACGUGAUCCGCACCAACUUCACCACCAAGCAGCUGACGGAGCUGGAGAAAGAGUUCCACUUCAACAAGUACCUGACGCGGGCCCGGAGGGUGGAGGUGGCCGCCAGUCUGGAGCUCAACGAGACGCAGGUGAAGAUCUGGUUCCAGAACCGCAGGAUGAAGCAGAAGAAACGGGAGAAGCUCGGCUCCUCUGUGUUGAACACCCCCGCACCGGUGGAGAAAGUCUCUGGCCCUGACUCCUCUCCAAAGGAGAAGGGGAAAGACUCUGGACCAUUAUAAGACUUUAAAAUAAAUAUAUAUAUGGAGACUGUGGAG